UUUAGUCUUACUUCUUAGCUCGGACGUCGACAGUCUAGCUCUAUGGCUUCGUUCAGUCGCUAGCGCACUCUCGUAGAGGAAAACAGCCAGAAUAAGAAAGGAUAGGUUACCUAUACUGCGGAAAUGCUGCACGAGUAGAGUGCCUAAAAGCAUCGUGACACAGAUGUUCUUGACUUGAUUAUUGAUCUUUGCGUGGGGACACCAGGUCUACAAACUCCAUACUGCUGCGGACUGCUCAGUAUAAUAUGCAGGUCGGUCUAAAUACAGCUUUCCAGUUUCCGCCAGACGUUGUUGCAGUUGAAGGCGUGAUUAUGUCCACCGCGCGAGUGUAGAUCUACCCGCAUCGUCUUUGAAAGCCAAACUACAUUGUGAUUACUUACUUCUUCAAAAAGUCCAAGUACGUAAAUCCAAAAUUCCCGCUGCUGCUGAAAAAGAUGGACACCGUCACGAACAGUGACCCGGAGAAGCCAGCUGACGCGACCACGUCUUUCGUGGAAGGAGAUUCAAAGCCGAGUGCCAAGGAUUCUGACACGAGCUCGCAGAGAAGCACCAGUACCACCUCGGAGACCGAGAGAAGCAAAGAGGGACGGUGUGGGGCUUGUUGGUGCAACCCGAAUUGGCUGCAAUUUUUCAACACGCCGCGAUGGUUCUUGUUCUUCCUCUGUCUCUACGUUCUAUUUCAGGGCUUGACCGUUAGCGGCAUGAAUGGUGUUGUGAUACCCACAAUUGAGAAACGAUUCCGCCUGCCCAGCCAGCGUUCAGGUCUCAUAUCUGGAGCAUACGACAUUUCUGCUGCUAUCUUUGUCCUGCCUGUCAGCUACUUUGGGGAGCGCGCGCACAAGCCUCGCUGGCUUGGCAUUGGCUGCUUCUUGCUCGGUAUCGGUGCACUUGUCUUUACCUUGCCGCAGUUCAUUGGAGGCAAGUUCGUUGCUGAUCAUGUCCUGGACUUUGAAUCAUGUGCUGCUGAUGUCAACCACACGACGUAUACGUCAGUGUGUGACGAAGGUGUACCCGGUGCAUAUGCUUUGUUGAUUAUUGGACAAAUGAUUAUUGGUUUCGGAGCAUUGCCUCUCUACACUGUUGGCGUUGCCUACCUUGAUGAGAUCGCCAAUCCGAAAGUUGUUCACUACUAUAUCGGCCUCUUCUACGUGUUUGCAGCGCUCGGGCCUGCAUUUGGCUUUCUCCUCGGUUCUGUGUUCCUUUCUCAAUAUGUUGACGUUGGUGUUACGAAUCACCCCGAUUCGGAUGACCCCAAUUUUGUUGGUCGCUGGUGGGCAGGCUAUAUUGUCUCAGGGUUCGCAAUGAUUGUGGUCAGUAUUCCACUGCUGUUGUACCCGCGCCAGCUUCCUGGCACUGCCUGGAUCAUGGAGGAGAAGCGCAAGAAACAGGUGGGAACAGGAAAAUCAACUGGCUCAGGUCACCCAGAGUUUGGUCGUCUUGCCAUUGAUGGUGCACAAGGCUCUGGUCUUGCUGCCCGUGUAAAGCGUGCACUUCACGAGGUGGUGGUGAUGUUGAAAUUGGUCUUUGCUUUGCUCCUAACACCGGUUCUACUCACCAACACAAUUGGCUCUACAACAGAAGCCUUUGCAGUAUCUGGCCUGGUUCCCUUCAUCACCAAGUAUUUUGAAUCCCAGUUUGGCGUCACUUCAUCCAUGGCAUCCGCCCUCACUGGUAUUGGUAGUGUUGUUGGUGUUGCCGGUGGUAUUUUAUUCAGCAGUUGGCUAAUGAAGCAUCGCAAGGUGCAAGGCGCCCGAUUAGCCAAGUACACGGCCGGAAUCGCUUUCAUCGCCAUCUUCUUUGUGUUUGCCUUCCUGGUGCGAUGUAAAUCACCUUCUAUCAUGGGCGCCACACUUCCCUAUCCAGGAGGCUCGGUGUCUGGCGCGAAUCGCUGCGAUUUGAACUACACGCAUAGCUGCGUGAGUAGCUGUGGCUGUGUGUCUGAGCGUUAUGAUCCAGUGUGUGGUAACGAUGGCUUCACCUAUCCAACGCCGUGUCUCGCUGGCUGCCAGGCCUUCCGUAAUGCCACGUCGGGCAAAAAGAAUGACCGGACAUACCUAAACUGCAGCUGCAUUGCUGCUAACCAAGUUGAAUCGAACUACUCUGUGUGGAACGCUACAGCUACGGUGGGUAUCUGCAAGUCGUCCUGUGGUCUUCUGCCCCUCUUCAUGGUGCUGGUCAUCGGUCUGAUGUUCACCACCUUCAUGAACAAUGUACCAGCUAUUCAAGUUGUGCUUCAAUCUGUACCUGCAGAUCGACGCACACUAGCAACUGGUGUCCAGUGGAUCAUCUUGCGACUUCUAGGCAAUGUCCCGGGACCUGUGUUUUAUGGGUUUCUACUGGACAAGGGCUGUAGCCUGUGGCAACUCAACUGCUGUAACGAGGGUAAUUGCUGGGAAUAUGAUAACGCACACAUGAGCAAUGCCAUGUUUGGUGCCACCAUGGUCUGCAAAUUGUUAUCGUUCUGUACCUUCUUCCUGUCGUGGCGAUUCUAUCUGCAUGACAGCAAGAAGAAGGCUGAAGGUGCCAGUACAAACGGCGAUGCUCUCUAAAUUGAGAUUACAGCGGUUGUUGCUUUCUUCCAGAUACUGCCUUCUGCAUACACGAGGCCAUAAGCCAUCAGGCUCAGGUUAUCAUGGUAAUGAUCGUUCAGUGUACGUGCACAACUUGUGGCAGAGACCAAAAAUAAAUGUCAAAGUCCACGUUCCACAGACUUCUCUGCUGUAAUGUCAGUUGAACCUAGGUGAGUGGUGCUCUUCUAUGCAGAGGUCCACAGACUACAGCUAGAGUGAUGUGGAUCACGUAUACCCCGGUUCUGUUUUAAAUUCUCAAGGACACAUUCAUGUUCGUGCAUUUCGCCAUUAUAAUAAUUAUAUAAAAUGGACGAGGCGGUCUCAUGGAACACAUUCAAUAUCACGAACAUAAUGCCCACUUCUAUUUUGAGCUUUGUCAUUGCUUGUUGUGUGGAAUUCACAAAGUAGGAUUUAUUUGAAGAUCUAUUAAAUUAUUUUAUUAGAGAUUGUACACACGUACAUUGGCGCCCGUGCAUUGAGUAUCAUAACUAAGUCUUAGGGUGCGUUUGGUUGGUACGAUCUAGAACAGGAUCGAACAGCUGGUGCACAUGGAGCAGCCUCAUGCCAACCAAACGGUACUCCAGAAACAGAGCACAUUUUUGUGGAAAAAUGUGCCAAACUGGGUGCAUCCUUCAAAAAUGUGUGUGGGUCACCAUGGUCACUUUGUACGGUACAACGAGUCCCAAUAAUUUGGGACCAAAAUCGAUGUUCCCGCCAGGUUUCACUGUGAAAAAGUGAAACUGCUCGGUCUGCUCUGGCCUCGAGGCCGGAGCAAGCAGAACAUGUUCUGGGCGACCCAGAACAGGUGCAGUCCCAACCAAACGCGCUGUUCUGGUGAAUCCUGUUCUAGUUCGUACCAACCAAACGCGCCCUUAUAAAGAACCUUGUAGCUCCGCUGUAGACGUGUCAGGGGCGAGAGCCAUAAUAACCAAAACCUCCAGUGGGUCUCUAUGAAGGUCUGCUUCCAUCCCUUCUCUAACUUUGUCAUCUCCCAUUUUCUAUCACAGUUUUAUGCAUACUGAAGGGUACGCAUGGUAGAUGUCGCAGCCGCAUACAUGUACUUAAUCUUCUCUACUUGUCCUUUACACGUGUAGUAUUUGUACGUCAAGACUUGUAUUUUGUCCAAGUAGGAAAUUGAUAGGUUCCUGCACGUCCUGGGUUCAUUGGCUGCUGCAUAUUUCUGCUAAUCUCUAUAAACUGGAACAAUAAAGGAAUAUGAAUUCA